AUGGCCGCGCAUGCCUCUGCUCAGCCACCCCGUCGGACAUCUGGGGCCCCGCGGCGUCGGCCUUCGCGGCGGGCGCCCUGGCGGCCCUCGGCCGUGCGCGCGCGCCGCGGGCGCUGCGCCGCGCGGGGGCGCCGCGCGGCCGCCGGCCGCCCCGCGGCCGCGGGCGGGGCCCCGGCGCUCGAGGCGUUCAGCGGGCCCGCCGUGCAGAGCGUCGCCGCGGCCUUCGCGUGCGCGAGGCGGCUGGGCCACGCCUCCGCGGGCGGCGGCGUCGGGACUGACCACCUGCUGGUGGGCAUGGCCGCCACCGCGGGCAGCUGCGCCGCCCGCGCCCUGAGGUCGGUGGGCCUGACCGCGGAGGUGCUGGAGGCCGCCCUGGCGCAGAGCCGGGGCCGCGGCGCGCCCGAGCCCGCGCCGGGGUGGACGGAGCAGCUCGCGCCGCCCCUCGGCGCGGAGGCGCGCUUCUACCUCAGCCGGGCGGCGCGGAUGCUGCGCUGGCAGCGCGCGCCGGGGGCCGGGGCGCGGGUGCUGGGCACCGAGCACGUGCUGCUGGGCCUGCUGUCCAAUGGCAGCCACGCCGCGCAGCGGCUGCUCCUGGCCGUCGAUGAGGAGGGCUUCGGCCGCACGGUCACGCAGUUCGACUCCGGCACCGGGGGCGCGGCGUCCAACCCGCGCCGCGCGGCGCUGCGCGACGCGACCAUGCGCCUGGUCAACGACAAGGAGGGCGACGCCCUGCCCGUGGCGGCGCUGGCCGAGCGGCCCGGAGGCGUGCAGGCGUCCGGCGCCCCCGUCGGCACGGCGGUCCUGGACAAGUUCUCCACGGACCUCACGGCCCUCGCUGGCGAGGGCCUGCUGGACCCCUUUGCGGGCCACGGCGGCACCGUCGCGCGCGUCGAGCGGGCGCUGGGGCGCCGCCGCAAGCGCAGCGUGCUGCUGGUCGGGGACCCCGGCGUCGGCAAGACUGCGCUGGUGGAGGCCGUUGCGCAGCGCAUCUCGAAGAACGGUGCGCCGCCCUGGCUGCUGCAGCGCCGCAUCUGCUCGCUGGACGUCGCCGCGCUCACGGCCGGCACCCGCCUGCGGGGGGACUUCGAGGAGCGCCUGGGCGCGGUCCUGGCCGAGGCGGAGGCGGCGGGCGUGGUCCUCUUCGUGGACGAGGGCCACGUCCUCAUCGGAGCAGGCGCCACGGCCUCCAGCUCCGUGGACGCCGCGAACAUGCUGAAGCCGGCGCUGGCGCGAGGGGCGCUGCAGUGCAUCGUGGCCACGACCGUGCAGGAGUACCAGAAGCACUUCGCGAGGGACGCGGCGCUGGAGAGGCGCUUCGAGGUGGUCGAGGUCGAAGAGCCCUCGCCCAGCGAGACGGCGGCGAUCCUCGAGACGCUGCGGCCCCGCUACGAGGGCCACCACGACGUCCUCUUCGCGCCCGGGGCGAUCGCCGCGGCCGCCGAGUGGUCCGCCCGGCACCUGCCCGAGCGGCGGCUGCCCGACAAGGCGAUCGACGUGGUGGACCGGGCCGCGGUCCGGGCGUCUCUGAGAGACGGGGCCGCAGCGAAGGUGACCUUGGACGACAUCGCCGCCGCCGUGGAAGAGGCCGUGGGCCUCCGCCCGGGGGCCGUCACCGCGGCCGAGGCGCUGCAGUCCUUCGGGCUGGAGAGCGCGCUGGGCGCCCGGGUCGCCGGGCAGCCCGAGGCGGUGGGCGCCGUCGCCGCGAUGGUGGCCCGCGCGAAGGCCGGGCUGCAGGACGAGGGGAAGCCGCUGGGCUCGCUGCUGCUCUACGGGCCGCCAGGGGUCGGGAAGACGUCGCUGGCCUGCGCGCUGGCCGAGGUGUGGCUGGGCUCCCCGCGCGCCCUGGUGCGCGUCGACUGCGCGAGCGCCGCGGUGGCGCCCGGGGGCGCGCAGGCCGCGGCCGCGCGGUUGGCCGCCGCGGCGCGCCGCCGCCCGCACUGCGUGGUGCUGGUGGACGAGGCGGACAAGGCCGACGCCGCGCUGCAAGGCACGCUGCUGCAGGUCCUCGAGGAGGGGUGUCUCUGCGCCAACGGCCCCGGCGACGCCGGGCGCGCGGACUUCCGCCACGCGGCAGUGCUGCUCACCUCCAACGACCCGCGGGGCGCGGAGGCGCUGCCCAGGGCGCUGGGCGACCGGCUGGACGAGGCGGUGGCCUUCCGGCCCCUCGGCGAGGCGCAGCUCGCCCAGGCGUUGGACCGCCUCCUCGAGGGCGUGGGCGAGCGCCUGCGGCGGGUGCUGCCCGGCGCGACGCUGCGCGUCACGGAGGCGUGGCGCGCCGCGGCCUUGCGCGCGGCGCUCGACCCCGACGCGGGCCAGGGCGGCGAUCGAGGGAUUUCCUUCUCGGCCGACUACGUGGGAUGCAAGAAAUGUGGAUACCGUUGGACCUACAAGACCAAGCAGUCGUGCUACAGCUGUGGGCAGGCCCUGCGACCAUCGUACUCUCCCGCCCCAAAGCCCCGUGGCGUCUGGGCUAGCGGCAGCAGAGGCUGGUGGCAGGACAACCACAAGGGUCAGACCGACUGGUACCACGAAGCCGAGGAGACCACGCAGAGGACCGAGCCGCUCGCGAUCGGCGAGGUGGUGCAGACCCUUGGUGGGCAGGCCCUCUCCGAGGCCCAGCGGCAGGCGCUCCAGCAGCUCGAGAGCGCCUUUGCCCCGCCGGCACCUGCAGAGCGUCCCGCGCUCCUGGAGGAGGGCAUCCAGCGGGCGGCCGCAGCGGAGAGGGCUGCACGUCGGGAGCUGGAAAAGCGAGCCAAGCAGCUGGCCGACGCCAAGCUCUGGCUCGACGAGUGCCAGGCCCGCUCCGAUGCCGCAGCUGACGCCCUGGUGGGUGCGGAGGUCAAGCUGGCUCAGGAGAAGAAGGCUUUGGCGGCUCCAGGCAAGGACUCCCAGCCCGAGGGGACCAACAAGGGCGGCGGGGUCAUCAACCUCUCUGCCCUGCUGGGCGAAGGCGAGGCCAGCUUCGUCAUCGAGGACGGCCCCCUCUUCGACCUUGAGGGGUUGGACAUCACGGCCGAGCAGCGGGAGCAGUUCAACAAGCUCAAGCAGACCUUCGAGGCGUCGGUGCAGCAGGCGGUCCGCACGCACUUCGGGCCAGGGGCCGACGUCCUCAAGUCCCAGCGGGAGCAGUUUGAAGAGAUCAGGGUGCUCCGCGAGACCUUCAAGAAGCGCAGGCGCAGGGUGCCCAGGGCGCUUCGCCAGGUGCUGCCAGCGCGGAUGUUGGCCCUGACGCUGGUGGUGAAGCCGCUGGCAAGGUACCAGUACCCAAUGCUCUACAUGGUCGGGCUCAUGGCAGGCAACGGCGGCGCUCGCAAUGUGGGGCUCGAGUUCAUAGGCUUCAACUGUUCUUCUUGGGCGCAGGCUAUCGAUGUGCUGGACGAGGUCGCCACAAGUAAAAUCGUGGGCCCCAUGCACAUCACGUUCUUUCAGGUGCAUAAGUUGAUUGCGCCCAUCGCCAAGGACAUAGAGGCGGCCAGCUUCAACAGGGCCCUCGUGCCUCACCCGCUGGGGGAUCCCUUCCUGGACGUCGCGCCCAGCAUGGAGACCCUGGACCCAGAGUACGGGGGACUCGAGCUGAGCAAGUACCUAGGGAAUCAGAGCGCCGACCUUCAAGCGAAGGACGGCGCCAAGCUAGACGCCAUCCCGCCGCAUAUCAGAGACACGUGGGUGGCCAGAUUUAAGGAGGUUUGUGCUGUCUUCGGGCUUGUCGGAGAUAUGACCUGUAAGAUAGGGCCCGACGGUCUGUGGGUCAUGACCGAUGGCAUGCACACCGUCGUUGGGGUGCUCGCCUGGCCCGAGCGCUUCUGCCACAUGCGGCACCUCGUGAUGUUGAAUCUGCCGUGCCACCAGACCUCCCACCAGCUUGGCGGAGGCGCCGCCGCCUCCAGCUCCGCGGACAAGGCGAGCAGCACGCGGGAGCCGACACUGGCGCGGUCCGCAUGGUGGCCACGGCGCUGUGCAGGGCGACGGCUCCCCUGUUGGGCCGCCCUGUUGGGCCCAAGGCGGGGGGAUGGCGUGCGGGGAGUCUUCAAGGGCCGGGCCAGAAACGUGGAUAUAUUCGAGGUCGCGGAGUAG